AUGACACUGGCCCAGGAACGAUGCGACGCGAGCGUCUCAGCCAUCGACGGCACAAAGAAUGCAGCACCUAUUGAGCAGGAAAUGUUAUCAGUCGAGCGUGCAGUAUUGGAAAGCGAUACCAAGAGCAUUAGGAAGGUCCAACAAGCGUUUCAAGAUGAUGACGAGAUGGCGUCAGUGUUGACAAUGGCAACACUUAUCUGCGAAGGUGACUAUGCGGAUGUUAUUCGACUGCCACAAGCACAGAAAUUGUUGCAAUCUGUCGUGCAAUUGCGGAUUGAAAAUCAGGACAAUGAGGACGAAGACAUGCACAUUUGCGGCAGUAUCGCAUUAGCACUGCAGAGCUAUUUGCUGGACCAAUGUGACAGCCCAGAGAGCCGUCUUGUGGCUGCAUACAGAGUCAUGUUUCUUGGCAUUGCCUUGCUUAAUAUGUACGUGCAGGCAAAUUAUACGGGACCUGCAUUCGAAAAAGAGACUAUCCGUGAUGUGCUCGAUCUGACCGCGAUUCUCGUGACUCGCUCGACUGGUAGUAGCGACAAGAAGUCGCACAGUGAUGCCCUUGUGUCAUUGCAAGUGGACGGUGAGAGCCCAUUCUCCAUUUGUGAAUACCCACAGUUCUUGCUGAUUGGUCGCUGCUUGCUUGACUUCGUGGGCAACCACGCGUUCAACGACUGGUCGGUGGCCGCUAACGAAAUUGUGCACGGACAGAAUGACAAUGAAGUGUCGGAUGAUGUUGUAGAAGGCCCUACUGAGCGCCAUAUUACUGGCGGGGCAGCUAUCCGCGCGCUCGGGGAGCUGCUAGAACAGAUCAGGUCGGCUGCGUGGUGGAAUGCGCGUGCUGCCGUUGCGCACGAACGACUACUGCUUUCCAAACAGCCUUCUAACACGCUGUGGUUUGAAGCUCGUCGUGGAUACAUCCAGACAUUAAAGACGAACGAGCUUUUCGCCUUUGAGAAGACCACGCAAUACUUGCACGUUCGAGCGUAUGUGGAAUGGGGCUUGGCACAACACCACUUCGACAAGAACAAGCACGGUAAGGCUACGUUUGCACGUGCAAAAGAAAUCUCCGGUGUCAGUGUGCAGCUCACUGGAUCCAUGGGAAAACGCACCAAGUUCCAGCAAAGAAGUGUGGCUCAGAUGGUAUUGCUUGCGGCAUCGAAGAUCGAGCCUGCAAACACAGACGAAGAGACUUCUGUCUACGCUGCAGCUGCGGCUGUGUCGACUCAUGUGGACUUUGGCGGCAAGCAGAUAGCAGGAGAAGGCGAAGUUGGAAACGGUGCGACGUCACCUGCUGUUACUCCAACCGAUAGUCUUACGACUGAAGUAGAGCAAAUUCAAAAGCUUGUGCAGGAAGGUGAGGCUUCUUAUCGCAAUGUGAACUUGGAUCAAGUGGAUCAGGACAAUUAUCUUUUGGAAAGCACUGCCUUCGAAGACCGUAAGCUGACGAAGCAAGGUAACCUGCAGAUUGUAGACCAGAUUGUACUUUUGGGACUGUGUCUAGACGUAAAGAACAGCAACGCGAACGAUGGCCUCACUCGGGAAGAAAUGAUGCCGUAUGUAACGCGUGUGCUUGAAAAUCCCAACAAUUGGAUGGUGUACUCCACGGCGCUGCUGGAGCGCGCAUGGCUCGAGUGCGAGAGCUCGAAAAGACGGGAACGCGCCGUGUUGCAGAUGCAGGCUUUGGUAGAUCAGCACACCACGAGACUUACGAUCACGCAAAAUACGCUGCAGUCUAUUGUGGACUCAGCGCCAGCUCGUGAACGUAUGCAAUUUGUGUACUCGUUGGCCUUCCCUCCACGAUAUGCUCUUAAGCGCGGCUUGGCCGAACGCUACUUUAAACUUGGCGUUCUAGGCAGUGCUGUUAACAUAUGCGAAGAGCUAGAAAUGUGGGAUGACGUCGUCAAGUGUUACCAGAUUUUGGACAAGCCAAUGCGCGCCGAAAAGCUUGUGCGCGAGCGCCUGGAGAUCGCUCCCACACCAUUCAUGUGGGUCACGCUCGGAGACCUCACCCAGGAUCCUUCGCACUACGAGACGUCCUGGACACUUUCGAAGCAGCGGUUCGCUCGCGCUAAACGCUCGCUUGGACGCUACUACUUCGAGAAUGGUGAUCAUGAGGCAGCAAUUGUUCAUUACGAGGAUGCAGUGCGUGUUGGCCCCAUGCAUACGGGCGCUUGGUUUACUCUUGGCGCGAUCGCGAUGCGUGUACAUCGCUGGUCACUCGCAAUGCGUGCAUUCACACGCGUAGUGCAGCUUGAGCCGGACAAUGGGGAGGCAUGGGGCAACCUAGGCUCGAUCCACAUGCACAACAAGCGUUAUGGAGAAGCCUUUGCAGUGUUAGAAGAGGCCCUCAAGCAAAAGCGUCACAUGUGGCAGAUGUGGGAAAAUUACGCACUGUGCGCCAUGGAAACAAAGCGCUACGGCGAAGCCAUGUACGCCAUACACCAGCUUUUGGACAUGCGCACCAAGCACAAACGUCCAGUUGACAUUGAAAUGCUGGCGUGGCUUGUAGAAGCUAUCGUGUAUCCGGAAUCUCUCCAGGCGAUGCAACAGAAGGCUGAUACUGAAGCUGGUGGCAUUGAACAGGCGGCUACCGAUGAGGACGAGGUCGAACGGAUUGACUGCGACGACGAUGAUGACGACUUGACGGAGCUUGAUGAGGUGGCAGCAGCUACUGACAAGACUCCCCCGCGGUCGGACUCACGCUAUAAGAAGCAAUUGGCGAUGCUAUUUGGUCGCGUGACAUCCAUCGUGACAAACGAUGCGAAGGUGUGGGAAGUGUAUGCACACUUCAACAACGGCAUAGAGGGCCGUGCUGAGAAGGCACGUGAUUGUCGUUUGAAGCAGUGCCGCGCCUUGCAAGCUGCUGGUUGGGAGCGUGAGCAACAAAAGGUGAAGGAUCUAUGCCUGGCAGCUUCUCGACUGGCUCAGGAUUAUCUGGCGGAAGGUACGAAGAAGGCGCUCUAUUCGUGUCGUCUUUACAUCCGUGGUGUACUGAAGAAGGCACAGAUGGAUUUUGCUGAUCUUGAGGCUGUGAAGUCCCUCAUAGCUGCUCUAGACGAAGUUAAUGCCAGGGAAGCGCAGCUCGAGAUGAUACAAUAG